GUUUGAAUUUUUGACAAUGUUUUUUGUUGUAAAUAAUAAUACAUUCCACAUAGAAAAUCUGAGUUCUGCUGGUCUUAAUGCCUAUGUAGAGUGUAAUUUAUAUGUUUAAAAUUGUACCAAAACAUUAAUUCACUUCAAGUGUAUUGGAUAUUGUUAUGAUAAUCAUUAAGUAGAAAUUAUAACAAAAUAUCAUCAUGAAAGAAGAAUCAGAUUUUAUAUGUGAUUCGGUGGUGAGGGUGAAUUAACUGCUAAAUAGAUUGAAUCUUAUAUAAAAUAUAAUAUCUAACUAAAUUUAUUUCAGAAUUUACUGACGGAAGGCUGUCGUUUAUCUGUGCGAAUGCAUAGUAGCGAUGACUGGCGUAAGUAAAAUGUAGACAGCAUUUAUGUAGAUGAUUAAAAAAUAUUGAAUUUCAUUUUCUUUUGUAUGCAAUUGUUUUAGCGUUAGCAGAAAUAAUAAGCAUCAAAGAUGUUGGAAUCACACGAUAUUAUUAUGUCCAUUAUAUUGAUUGUAAGUUAAAUUUAUAAAUAAUACAAAUUAAUAAAGUAAAUAAAUAUAUGAAUAAAAAAUUAAUAUGUGAAAAUAAAAUAAAUAAAUGAAUGAAUGCGUCGCCUAUAGUAUUAUGAUAAGUGUAUUAUAAUACGAGAAUUAACCAUUUUAAUAAUUUAUAUAUUUCCUUGAAUUGGAAUUAUAAGUUCUACCAGAGGUAAAGGUAAGUAAAGUGGCCAGGGGUUUAAUUUGAAUCCCCAUACUUACCUAGGAAACUUUGAUAUUACUAUAAGAGUUCAAUUUUUUUUUCAACAUUCAAUUCACUCAAUUACAAAUAAUUGAUAGUCAGAACUAUUCCCAUAAAUAAUGUAUAUCUAAAUCUUUACACUUAAAAACAUAGUUGUAAGGCAAGUACAUGUACAAGUUAUUAAACUUAUAAAUAUGUAUAAAAGCUUAAAUUAAUCUUUUUUUUGUAAGUGUGAACAUAACAUUAUGUUUCUAAAAUAUUUAUAUUAUAUCACUACCUAAAACUUAUUCAUUUGAAAAUUGUAUUUAUUAUUAUUGUUAUCUUUAAUUUAACAUACCUAAAGAAUAACAAAACAAUUAUUUUAGAUUUUGUCUUUAGGUACGAACCAAGUAUAAGAAAUACAAAAAUAUAAAUUUAUUUAUUGACAUUUGAAUCAUUCAAAUUAUAUUUAAACAAAUUUCCUAUAAUUUAGUAUCUACCUAUAAAAUAUAUUUUAUAUAACUAUUCAUUUCAUUUUGGUAGUUUAAGACUUAACUACAAUUUUAUAAAAAUUUGCACAAUUUUUAAUGUGAACAUGUAAUGUAUUAUUUUUAAUCUAUAUUAUUAUUUAUUAUAGAUAAUAAAAGAUUAGACGAAUGGGUAACAGAAGAACGAUUAGAUACACGGAAAGUACAAUAUCCCAGAAAAGAUGGGCUGACUAGUGGUACUGCGGGUACAGGUGCUAGUACACCAAAUCGAAAAGCUGAAAAUAUUUCCAUAUUGUCCCAGAGUCGACCAGCUUCUCCAUUGAGUAUUCCAUCUGUUGUACAAAAUAAUGAUCCUACAGUUCUGUCUGCUGCAUUACAAAAAAAAAUUGCAAGGAAAAGAAAAAUUGUUGAUAAUGAAGUUUGUUUUCAUGUUGAAUAACAUUUGAAUGUUAAUAUUUUUUAAAAUCUAUGUAUAAACUAAAUUAGGACUCUCAAGAUUUACCUACACCAACACCACGGCAGACUGGUUCAAUGGUUAUGCAACAUGAUGAUGUCGUCACCCGAAUGAAAAAUGUAGAAAUGAUUGAACUUGGUUUACAUAGAAUAAGUCCUUGGUAUUUUUCACCAUAUCCUCAGGUAAACAUCAUAUUUAAAUUUGUAUGUAUUUAUAAUUUGUAUAUUAUAUUUAAUUUAUACAGGAAAUGGUUAACUUAGGAUGCAUAUAUAUUUGUGAAUUUUGUUUAAAGUUUAAAAAAAGUAGAACUUCACUUUAUCGUCACAGUGUAAGUGUCAUAUUACAUCACCAGUGGUAUAUCCAGGAAUUGCUUUGAAAUUUCAGGAAAUUUUAAAUGUUUUCAAAAAAAAAUACAUAAUUUGUGUUACGUAACAAUGAGAUUUGUAAUCGAUUAUUCCUCUCUAAAAAAAAUUCCUGGACAUGCCCGCGUAUUCUGUUUUUACAAUUUAUUAUAAUUUUUAGUGUUUGUGUAAUUUUAGAUAAAAUGUAACUUGAGAAAUCCUCCUGGAACAGAAAUAUACAGAAAAGAAUCAAUAUCAUUUUUUGAGAUUGAUGGUCGCAAGAACAAAUCAUACUCUCAAAACCUAUGUUUAUUGGCAAAACUAUUUUUGGAUCACAAAACAUUGUAUUAUGACACUGAUCCAUUUCUCUUUUAUGUGAUGACUGAAUAUGACUUGAAGGGAUUUCAUAUAGUCGGAUAUUUUUCUAAAGAAAAAGAAUCUACUGAAGACUACAAUGUUGCUUGUAUUCUUACAUUACCACCUUACCAAAGAAAGGGUUAUGGAAAAUUAUUAAUUGAAUUUAGUAUGUAGAUCGCUAUUAAUAUGUUUUUGUGAAUUAUACUUAAUCUCAUUGGUUAUUCAGGUUAUGAGCUAUCAAAAUUUGAAGGUAAAACUGGUACGCCAGAAAAACCUUUGUCAGAUUUGGGUUUGUUAUCAUAUCGUAGUUAUUGGAGUCAAACAAUUCUUGAUAUUUUAUUGACAGUAAAACCUAUACCAGAAAAUGAAAAACCACAAAUCACAAUAAAGUAAAUAAUCUAAUAUAAUUUGUUAAUACAUUGUUAUUUAUUUAUCCAGUUUUUUUUUUUUUUUUUUUACAGUGAAAUUUGUGAGCUGACUAGCAUAAAAAAAGAAGAUGUUGUUUCUACUUUACAAAUACUUAAUCUGAUUAAUUAUUAUAAAGGACAAUACAUUAUAUCUAUUAAUAAAGAUAUAAUUACCACUCAUUUAGAUUCAUUUCAUAAAAGAAAGAUUCGCAUUGAUUCAAAAUGUUUACACUGGAAUCCUAAAGAUUGGUCUAAACGUGCAAAAUGGUGAAUAGAUUUAAUUCAAAUUUAGUGGGACUAUUAUUGAAUUGUGUAUUUUAAUUUUGUACAUAUUGAAAUAAAUAUACUCUUAAACUGAAUACAAUAAACCUUAAUGAUAGUAAGAAUUCUUAUAAUAUAUAUAUGUAUGCAAAUAUACCUAUUAAAAAAAAAAAAAAAAAACAAGGUAAAUAAAGUUGAUUAUUAUGAAAAAAUUAUUUUAUUGUUUUUUUUUUUUAUUCAUGGGAAUCCAUCAUCAUCUUCUUCUGCCAUCUCUUUGGCCAGUUCUAAAUCCUGUUGUUCCCUCUCGCGACGUUCUUCAGCUGAUUCUAAAUCUUUUCCAUACGAUUUCGGUGGAUAACGCAUAGCCUUUACACUAUCGUUAUGUAAAUUCAAACAAAAUGAUAUACGCUGAUGAAAAGCCAUCUGUGGUUCAAGUGUGCAGUAUAUAUCAACUGGUUCUUUGCUUUGCACAUAACCAUGUUCAGGAUCAAUGGUGGCUUGAAUAACACCAUCUCUAAUGGCUUUAGAAAUAAUAAACUCAGCAUCUAUAGGUGAAUCCAAUCCAAGCUUUUCAGCAAUGUAGUCAACAGAAAUGCGUGAAUAUGAUGCUCCGAUGGCUCUAAUUGCAGUUUUAAUGACAUUAUGACGUAAACGCACAAUCAACAUGUAAGUGUGAUCACUUAGGAAAUUUUUCUUGAAGUUCUCCAGAGUUUCACUAAACAUAGUUAAGUCUCCUAAACGGACAGACUGAGUAAGACGGAAAUAUGGUAGCAAUGCCUUACGUAAGCUAGCUUGACGGAAUAUAUGUCUUUCAGGAAUGUCUCCCAAUAAUAAUUCUACAGUGACAGCCAACUUUUGUACAGUCUGUCGAAAACCAAUAGCUGAAUUUUGGGGUGCUUUACGUAAAGCUUGAAUUAAAUUUUUGUGUGCCACUGAAUAUUCAAGGCGGGCAGCUUUAAUACGACCUUGAUAGUAUAAGAAACGAGCACAUUCAUUAUUACUUGCUUGUUCCGGAAAUACAGAUUUCUGAACCAACUUAUCAGCUUGAUCGUAUAAAUUGUAAUGUAGAUAAUUUCUCAAUAAGCAGUUUAUUAGGACAGCUUGUCCUUCAUAAUCUUUUUUAAGUGUAGCUGUUCGCAGGCGACUAUAAAGAAAUCCUUUAAUUUUAUGUAACUGAUCAGUUAAUUCAUAACAUCUCAUAUGAUAGAAAUAAGCUUUAGCAGUAAUUAAGUCUAAUGUGCGUCUAUUUUUAUCAAUUAGUUUGGCCAUAAGUAAAUCAGAAAAUUCAACUGCUUUUUUGUAAUCUUCUUUAUCGAUGAUUUGUACUAAGACUAACAAGCGGAUAUAACCAUCGAUUUCAGGUAAUAAAGCUCCAGUUGCAUUUUUACCGGUACGCAUCUUAAUUGCUUCUGGUAUAUCUGUGGGUGUAGUUACAUAUGUUAAUAAUAAGUCUCUAUCAGAAGCAGAGUGCGUGUAGAAACCAUUAAUGAUAGACCACAGGACUACAGCAUUAAGCUUUCGCCGAGUGACCGACCAUGACCGCAAAACACGUAACAUGAAUCGUGCUUCUUUGGUUUGAACAGCCUUUUCUAUUUGCCGAAUAUUGUCUCUGAUUUCUUGAAUAACUACAGCAUCUUUUUUUUCUUGAGAAUCUGAUACAUCUGUCAUUUCAACAUCAGCUACGGGUUCAAUUGUGGUAGUGGCCAUGACU